AUGAACCAACACGAGUGCUUUGACGGAGGUUUGCAACUGUUGGUGGUGAGGUCAGACGACGUUGUGAUGAAUGAUGUCAGGUCGCAUAUGCUUGGCAAAGCUUGGCUCGCGGCUGACGACCCCGGGGAAACGAUCCGGCAUCAUGGCGGUGACGAUGCGCCUGAGGACGAGCGUUUAGAAGACGAAACUACGCUGCCAGACGCCGGGCCUGGUACGCUUACUCUGGUAAUUGAUGGCUCGGAUGAUUCUACAGACUCAGAAGCCGACUCUGAGGCGGAAUCCGACUUUGACCCUGACUCCGACGACGAUGGCCCUGCGGCGAUCGCCUCCCCGAUCUCAGAGAAAGCUGACGAUAAUCAAAGGGCCACAGCAUACCUACCCAACAGUGGACAAAGACUAGGUCGGGUCCAGGGCUAUCGGGACUAUAUGGAAGAGAAUUGGAAGCCCUGGGCACCGUUCAAAGACGCGGCGGAAUGGAGAUUGGCUCGUUUCUUUAUCGAGCACAAGCUGACCUCUACAUCAAUUGACGCCUACUUCAAUGAGGGGUUGCACAAGACGACAAAGAACGAGCGUUCCUUUCAGUCCGCUUAUACUUUCCAGAACCAGCUCGACAAAAUGACGUGCUCCCCACCUAACUUUCAAUACGGGACCGUCGGGGACGGCUUUGGAAGAACGACCGACUUAUAUUACAGGAAUCCGGUCGAAUGCGCGAGGUAUCUCUUGGGUCAACGUUGCUACAAGUCGAGCAUGGUUUAUCGGCCGGAGAGGGUUUACGACGCGGACGGAUAUCAACUCUAUUCCGAGAUGCAUACAGCGGACUGGUGGUGGAAUAUGCAGGAAAGACUUCCUACCGGGGCCACGAUUGUCCCGAUUAUCUGCAGCUCCGACGUCACGCAUCUGACAAACUUCUCCGGAGACAAGAAGACCUGGCCGAUAUAUAUGACGAUAGGCAAUAUACCGGGAAAAGUACGAUCCAAGCCGUCCACCAAGGCGCAUUUGCUACUCGCACUAUUGCCAAUACCUCCUAAGAUAAUUGGCGACGCGACGUCAAAGGGGAGACUCCGGUCCUGGGCGGCGGAGACGCUGAGGAGAGUCAUGUCAGUUAUACUGGAGCCUCUGCUGCACUUUGACCAAAGGCUCGGCGUCUUAAUGGGCUGCUCAGAUGGGUACGAGAGACGUUGUUGGCCGAUUCUGACGGCAUGGCUUUCGGACCACAUGGAGAGCUGCAAUAUUCUGAAUACCAAGUUCAACUUGUGCUCCAAGUGCGAGAUACCCGUCAAUAGACUGGGCGAAUACGAAGCCGAACCGCUCAAGACCUACCCUCGUGAUCAGGAUGAAUACAAGAGAAUGUAUCGUCAGUACAGGGUGCUGAAGGUACUGGAGAAUCCGACGAGAGACGAAAGGCGGGAGCUGAAGACGCUGACCAAGUGGUUCGAUUCUCGUGGUUUACGACCUCUGUACAACCCUUUCUGGAAUCUCCCCUUCGUCCAAGCCUACGACCUCCAUAAGCCAGACAUGCUGCACGUGGUAUACUUGGGAAUCCUGAAACAUCUUAUGGAGUGGCUGGAAGACUUCCUGAAGGAACAUGGUCGUUUGGAUGAAUUCAACGCCAUAUGGACGCGCAUGCCACCUUACCCUGGAUUUACCCCACCGACGAAGCCUUAUCAAGCGGUCAGUCAAUGGCAAGGGAAGGAGAUGCGUAAUUUUCAGAAAAUAAUCUUACCAGCCCUGGCGUCUGCCCUCAGGAAUCCGUCAUGUGCCCAGGCAGAGCCAUUCAAGAAAGCCUUUCAAUGCGUCCGGGCAUUGGUCGACUGGGCACUAGUCGCCCAGCAUCGUUCUCAUAACGAGCUGACGAUAGACAUGUUGGAUAAUUACCUAAAGGCUUUCCAUAGGACGAAGGAUAUCUUCAGGAAAUAUCGCGCGACUAGAGAGACUGACAGACUUGUGGCGGAACGACGGAGGGAAUUGCGCGGGGAAUACGACGUCGAGUUAGCAGGCCUAAACGACUCUUUAGGCCAAAGACGAAGGGUUAUCGCAGACCAAAGGCUAAAUCUCCAGGCGGAAACCGACGAGAUCUUGCGAGCAGAAUCCCACUUCAACUUCCCCAAGAUACACCUCAUGGGCCAUUUCGCAGAGCACAUUCGUCAAUACGGCAAUAUUCCGGACUAUUCGACGGAGUCUUGCGAGUCAGCCCACAGGGAUCAGAUCAAAAUACCGUAUCGUCGGAGCAAUCGCGUCGAUCCCGCAAUGCAGAUACUUCGAACGUUUAACCAGCCACGUCUGAGGAGGAGGAUGCAAGCUGCAAGACGGGAUCUUAGAGACCCUCAGGACGACCCGGCGUUUCAAGCGCAGGAUAUCGCGCCAUUGGUCUAUUUACCAAGCGACACCAGGGUGGAGAAGAGGUGGGUCAAAUGCCCGGUCAAAUUAACAAAUGUCGGUAGUGUAGAUAUCGCAGGUGCUACAAAGAGACUGGGGUAUUACAUCCGGCGGUAUUUCAGGAGGGAGCUAUAUCUUGGAUACGAAGAUAUGCCCGAAGACAUCGAUAGCUGGCGGGUAAACACAUUCAAACAGCUCAACGUACCCGUCCUUUUGCACGGCGAGGGCGACGAGAGGACAAUUCACACACUUCGUACGACGGGAACGUCAGGUUAUAGACGGGGAAACGCGCGCAACGACUGGGUCUGGUUUCGUCAAAAGCCGGCUGACCUGGACGCUUUGCAGGGUUUAUGCCCAGCAAGGCUGCUUGCGGUCUUUAAGCUCAGGGACCCAAGACGAAGGGGGGCCAGACUUCUGGCUGCGAUACAACCAUUGAAGCCGGACUUCAAUGGAAACCCCAACGUCGACCACGGGCUAAUAAGGGUAUCACGCUGCUCAAGCUCUCCUGACGAUAUAUGGGUAGUAAACAUAAAAAGCAUUUUGGGCGCCGCUCAUUUGGUGCCUGAGACGACGUCAUCUACGAACAAUAGAUGGUUUAUCAAUAGUACGAUCGAUCUAUCGACAUACGGAUCAAUUUACUGA